UUGUCCGUCGUUUUUAUCGUUCCGGCAGAAACACAGUUCCGCUCAUGCGGAGGAGGUCACAUCCCACAACAAACUCUCAUCCUGGUCUAAAACUCAGCUGUCAGAGUCCCUCAUGCUGCUGCUUCGGCGCUCGGCUGUAGGUUUGGGCGGUGUCGCUCGAUGGGGAGUCCGCUGUUUGUGCUCCGGAGACGCAGCGGGCCGGUACCGGGAUACUGUGCUGCUGCCCCGCACCGACUUCCCCAUGAAAGUGAACGGGCCGAACCUCCUGGAGCGAGAGAUCCAAAUUCAGCAGAAAUGUGGUUUUGAUCAGCUGUACACAUGGCAAAGAGAGAGAAAAGCCAAGAAGGAGUACUGUCUUCAUGAUGGACCACCCUAUGCCAACGGAGACCCGCAUGUGGGUCAUGCUUUAAACAAGAUUCUCAAAGACAUCCGGAACCGUUUCGAGGUGCUGAGAGGAAGACAGGUGCACUAUGUGCCCGGCUGGGACUGCCACGGGCUGCCCAUUGAGCUUAAAGCACUGGGAGACCUGGGAACCAGUGAGCUGACACCUCUACAGAUCAGACAGAAAGCUCGUGAGUUUGCAGAGAAAGCCAUAUCUCGGCAGCGUGCGGCAUUCCAGCGCUGGGGUGUCAUGGCUGAUUGGGAAAAUUGUUAUUACACGUUUGAUGGCAAAUAUGAAGCAGUCCAGCUGAAGGUUUUUCAGGAGAUGCACAGCAAGGGUUUCAUUUAUCAGGAUUACAAGCCUGUAUUCUGGUCACCAUCAUCCAGAACGGCCCUCGCAGAAGCCGAGCUGGAGUAUAAUCCUGAACAUGUGAGCCGUGCCGUUUACGUCACUUUUCCUUUGGUCACCCUGCCUGCCAAACUCGCUCCAAAUGCCGAAGGUUUGGGUCGUGUGUCUGCUCUGAUAUGGACCACUCAACCCUGGACAAUACCGGCCAAUCAAGCAGUUUGCUACAUGCCCAAAUUAAAGUACUCUAUAGUGAAGAGAGCUGAUAAUGAGCAGCUCCUCCUAGUGGCCACAGAGCGCAUCAGCAGCCUCGCCUCUAUACUGGGGACCAAUCUGGAGAGCUUGGCUACGUUUGCAGGGUCAGAUCUCGAAGGCGGGAUUUGCCAACAUCCCACAAUUCCUUCAAAAGAAGUGCCUUUGUUGCCGGCUAAUCAUGUGACGAUGGCCAAGGGAACGGGAUUGGUCCACACAGCUCCUGCGCACGGCAUGGAUGACUAUAGCGUCGCCACACACUUCAAUCUGCCUGUGGAGUGUAUGGUUGAUGAGGAGGGCAGGUUUACAGAACUUGCCGGAGCAGAACUGCAGAAUAUGUCUGUGAUGACUGAAGGGAGCGCUGCAGUGAUCUCAAUGCUACAGGCAGCAGGAGCUGUUGUGAAAGAGGAAGAUUGCGUUCACAGUUACCCGUACGACUGGAGGACCAAACAGCCGGUGGUCAUCAGAGCCAGUAAACAGUGGUUUAUUAAUACAGCCAGUCUUAAAGACAAAGCUAAGACCGCUCUGCAGAAGGUGCGUGUGAUACCAGAAUCGUCAAGAUCCAGUUUGUUGGCGAUGUUGGACAGAAGAACAUACUGGUGUAUUUCUCGCCAGAGGAGCUGGGGCGUUCCCAUCCCUGUGUUUUACCAUAAAGAGACCGGAGAACCGCUAUUAAACAAACAUUCAGUGACUCACAUCGCACAAAUUUUCUCUGAGAAAGGGAGUGACAGCUGGUGGGCGGAGCCGGUGGAAACAUUUCUCACCCCUGAAGUUCUUCAGAAGAGUAAAGCAGGUGCAGCGUCGGAUUACGUGCGAGGGGAAGAUGUCCUGGAUAUCUGGUUUGACAGUGGAGCCUCUUGGGCUGCUGUACUGCAGGAAUCAGACCCGCGUGCAGACUCGUAUGUGGAGGGUAAAGAUCAGAUCGGCGGUUGGUUCCAGUCGUCUCUCCUCACCAGCGUAGCUGUAAAGAAUAAAGCCCCUUAUAGAGCACUAGUGGUCCAUGGUUUUGCUAUAAGUGAGAAAGGAGAAAAAAUGUCCAAGUCUGUCGGAAACGUGAUCGACCCGGAUGAUGUCAUCAACGGGGGAAAGGACUCGUCUGUUUCUCCUCCGUAUGGUGCUGAUGUUUUGAGAUGGUGGGUUGCCGAGUCGAACGUUUUCUCCGAGGUUCAGAUCGGAUCAAAGACACUUAACGCAGCCAAAGAAAGCAUAAACAAGUUGAGGAACACUUUGAGGUUUCUCUUGGGGAACCUCCAGGGCUUUGAUCCUCGUUCUCAGGCUGUGGACCCCAAACAAAUGCACUACAUAGAUCAGUACAUGCUGCACCGGCUCAGAGAGUUCAGUAUAAAGGUAACUGAUGCUUACAGCGAGUUUGACAACGGUCGGGCCAUCCGCUUGCUACAAGCGUUCAUCACCAGCGAAUUAUCAAACUUCUACUUCAGCAUCAUUAAAGAUCGAUUAUAUUGCGAUGCUGAGGACUCUUUAGGUCGGAGGUCGUGUCAGACGGUCCUAGAGGAGAUCCUAGAUGGAGUGUCACGUGUUGUUGCACCUGUUCUCCCUCACUUGGCUGAAGAGGUGUACAUGCACGCACCUGGACAUGAUGAGGGGGAGACUUUGUUUCGUAGCGGUUGGAUUAAGUCCAGUUCUGUGUGGCGGCGUCCGGGAUUGGAGGAAGCUGUGGAGGGGGCGUGUGCUAUACGAGAUUCCUUCCUGUCAUCUAUUCCUGGACGUAACGCUGCAGAGUAUGACCUCAUUAUUACCAUCGAGCCCGGCCUGUUCUUUGAGCUCAUGGAGUCUCUUCAAGAGGAGCCCACGUCCACCUGCUCUCAGCUGACUGAACUCAUGAUGACCUCACGUACCACACUGACCUGCUCUCCACCACGAGAUUUACCUUCGGAUGCAGUGACCAGUUCUGGAAAGUUCCUCAUCAAUCUGGAGGGUGGCAUGAUCCAGGAGGAGAGUUCAUACAGCAUAGCCGCGAUGCCCACCUCUCUCUCUCGGUGCCCGAGAUGUCGUCGCUACACGUCAGACGAGCCUGAUUGCCUGUGUCCACGAUGCCAGACCGUACUGGAGAAUGCCAAGUAACCUUGACUGUUGCCAUGACUACUGCUCGCCCACUGGCCCACCUCCUUUAGUGAUGAUUGCACAUCACUGCAAGGGCUACAAUGGACCAAUAGGAAGCUGCUGGUGUAAAAUGCAAAAAGUUGUCAGAAGCUGUGGCUGGGUACGACUCUCAGGGGUCAAAUAGGAGAUGGACUGUUAGAAAUGAAAGUGAAAUUGCACUGCAAAAAAGGAUUUUCAAGAAAAAAACUUCUUAGUAUAUUUGUCUUGUUUUCAGUAAAAAUAUCUAAAAAUUCUUAAAUUAAGAUGCUUUUUCUUGAUGGGCAAAACGACCCAAGAAAAUAAGUCUAGUUUUUAGACCAAAAAUAUCAAAUUUAAUAUUUAAUAUUAAUAUUGAAUUUAGUGUUUAAGAAAAUGUUCAAGAUUUUUUGCUUACCCCAUUGGCAGAUUUUUUUUGCUUGUUUUAUGCACAAAAUCACUUAAAUGUGAUAUUUUUGGUCUAAAAACUAGAUUUAUUUUCUUAGGUCAUUUUGCUCAUCAAGAAAAAGCAUCUUAAUUUAAAUUUUUUUUUAGAUAUUUUUAGUGAAAAUAAGACAUAUACUAAGCUUUUUUUCUUGAAAAUCAUUUUUUGCAGUGUAGAAAGAGAAACUGAAUAAAAGACAGCUAGAUACAUGCUGACUCGGGAUCUGUGUUAAGUGGACAAAUCAGAAUAAAAAUGAUUAAAUGGAGAGGGCUUAUGUACUUAUAUCAGUGCUGUUUGUUAACUGAUUGUUAAUAUCUUGGAAAGUUUAUUUAUCUAUGUGUGCUUGUGCUGAAUAUAGGGUUUUGUUGAACACAUCUAACUUUAUUGGCUGUAAAUUCACAUUCUGUAUAAGACACGUUUUUAUUGUGUGACAUGUUAUGUACUGUACUGUCAGUGGGAUUUAUUGAUGAAAUUAGCAGAACAAAUUUGCGUGAACUAUUUUUGCCAUUUACGCAAAGUUCGGCUUGUUUCAUGAAUGAGGCUGAAUGCCAAUUUUAGUUCUGUUUACCUGCUAAUGAUGCUUCAAUGCGAUUCCUUUUAUCUCAAAGCCAAUAAACAAUACAUAAUACCAA